AUGAAACUGGAUGACACAGCUAUUGGGGAGGAGUCCCAAGUCUCCUUUCAGUUGGGGGUUUUUACUACCUACAAGGAGAAUGACUCCAGUUUUGUCAGCUUAACCUUAUCGCUAAACUCUCCGGCGUUGGAAGUUUUCUGGUACACCACUUCUGCCAAGGAUCCUUACAUCCUUCUAAAGUGUGGUGACCAGGACUGGAUGCAGUAUUGUAGCAGCGGUGCAACUGGUCACAAAUGUGGCUCAGGGAAACUGUCACUCACUGACCCAGGAGAACAGGAGUCAGUGACACAGUCACCACGUUCCACUGCAAACAGGAAAAAGCUCCAAACAAACAAGUCUGUGACAAGACGGACCAUUCACAUCUCCGCAGAGCAGAAGAGGCGUUUCAACAUCAAGCUAGGCUUUGAUACCUUGCACAGUCUGGUGACAUCCCUUGAUUCACAGCCAGCUGUGAAGGUCAGCAAAGCCACAACGUUGCAGAAAACAGCUGCAUACAUCACCAAGCUCCAGCAAGAACAGGCACAGACACAGAAGGAGGCACAACGAAUUAGAGAAGAUAUUGAAAAGAUCAAUGCUGCAAUCAACAUUUAUCAGCAGCAGCUGCCUGCUACCGGAGUCCCCGUCACUCAGCAACGAUUCAGACAGAUGAGGGAGAUGUUCAAUGAAUAUGUGCGUGUGCGGACAUUAUGCAACUGGAAGUUCUGGAUUUUUAGCUUCAUUAUUCGUCCUCUUUUCGAAUCCUUUAAUGGGAUGGUUUCCACAAGUAGUUUGGAUGAUCUUUAUCAGUCAGCCCUGGCUUGGUUGGAGCAGCACUGCUCCCUCCCUACACUGAGACUCUCUGUGUUGAACUCCCUUCGACAACUGAGCACCUCCACGUCAAUCCUAACGGAUCCAUCCCUAGUCCCUGAACAAGCAAUUGUGGCCAUGAGGAAUCCCAGUCGUUCUUAAUGUGUGACCCAGGCUCCAUCAACUUGAUCAUUUCUAA